AGCUGGAAGUGGGCUGCUGGGUUAUAUAACCGCGUUCUGAAUCCUGCCGUGUCGCUGCGCCCCAGUCCUGCCUGGGGUACAGGCUGAGUUGGGUGUCCUGGUGGGCUGCGCGCAGGUGGAGCCUUCCUGGUGUAGAACGUGCCGCUUUGCGGCUCCACCAAAUGUGACUUCUCAACCUCAUUUCUGUUUGUGGUGGACCUUCUCAUGGCAGGUGGCAAUAGCAUUUGCUUCCUUUAUGCUUGUGGGCUGUGUAGAAUAGUGGCUUCCAGUGGACACAGCUUUACGCCUGUCUUUCCAAGAAAUAUGUAUGCGUGCAUAUAAAAUCAGCUGAAGAUCGAAAAGGAUGGCCACCUCUAAAAACAGCCUUGGAUAAAGAGGGAUGACACAUCGUUCUUACCGCUCCUGAUUCCAAAGCAGAUCACAGCAGAUAUGGCUCGUGGACAGCAGAAGAUUCAGUCGCAGCAGAAAAAUGCCAAAAAGCAAGCUGAGCAAAAAAAGAAACAAGGACAUGAUCAGAAGGCUGCAGCCAAGGCUGCCUUGAUAUAUACCUGCACUGUCUGUAGGACACAAAUGCCGGAUCCCAAGACCUUCAAACAGCACUUUGAAAGCAAGCAUCCUAAGACUCCACUUCCUCCAGAACUGGCUGAUGUUCAGGCGUAAAGUUGUCUACAGGUGAAGUCAUGGCACCUAUUGACUCUUCUACUGUCAGACCUUACAUAACAAACCUGCAGCUGCUUUUCUAAAACUGUUGAUCAGCAAAAAUGAAGGGGCUACAGAAACGUUCAUAUUUUUAUGCUGUUCCCUCUUGGGCUUCACGCAAAGACAAUUCUGUGUAAAUGUACAGUUGUGCCCUCUUUGGAAAUCCUGAAAAAUCAGUCCAUACUUGUUAUAAAAAAAAAAAAAUUUUUUACAAUUGUAAUUAUAUUGAUGUUCAUAUUGUGUAAAAUAACUCAUUUAAUAAAGUAGUACUUUGAUUUUACAAUAUCACAGAUUAAA